GUGUGCAAGCAUAGGCUUUUGUGCUUCAACAAAAGCACCGCAAAUUAAAUCAACCGGAUUUCAUACUUUUUUUAAACGCGUCAACGAGCUACACAAUCACAGACGCUGAUUGGUUCUAAGAAGAAUGACGUCUGUCGGACUAUCGUUCUAUGGUGGUCUUCCGGUGAGGUGGAGGACGCUUUGAAAACGAAUUUAGGACCAAUCACUUAUCCUCCAUGGCGACUGAGGGCCCAGAGAAGACUGGUGAGGAGGCUGCGGGGGCUGGGGCGGGUGCUGGUGGGGGGGGGACGAGGUUCGACCUGGAGAAAGAGACAGAGCUGCGGUUCGAGGUGGAGGCUGGGGAGAAGGUGCAGCUGGAGCUGCUCACGGGAUUGGCUGAAGUCUUUGGUUCGGAGCUCAACCGCAACAAGAAGUACACGUUCCCACCGGGCUCCAAGAUCGCUGUGUUCACCUGGCAGGGCUGCAGUGUUUCUCUCUCAGGGAAGACAGAGGUGGCGUACGUAUCAAAGGACACACCCAUGCUGCUCUACCUGAACACCCACGCCGCACUGGAACAGAUGAGACGACAGGCGGAGAGAGACAACGAAAGGGGCCCACGGGUGAUGGUGGUGGGGCCUACAGACGUGGGGAAGUCGACGGUGUGCAGGCUGUUGCUGAGCUACGCUGUCAGACUGGGCAGGAGGCCUACACUGGUGGAGCUCGACGUGGGCCAGAGUGGGGUGUCAGUCCCGGGCACAAUGUCAGCGCUGUGUAUUGAGCGUCCCGCUGACGUGGAGGAGGGGUACUCAGUACAGGCUCCGCUGGUCUACCACUUUGGCUCCACCACACCAGGAACCAACAUCAAACUCUACAACAAGUUGACAUCAUGUCUGGCGGAGGUGUUUUCCCAGCGCUGUGAGGUGAACAGGAAAGCCAGUGUGGGCGGCUGCAUCAUCAACACCUGUGGAUGGGUAAAGGGUUCUGGAUACCAGGCCCUGGUCCACUGCGCCUCAGCCUUCGAGGUGGAUGUGGUUCUGGUGCUGGACCAGGAGAGGCUCUACAACGAGCUGAAGCGGGACCUGCCGCAUUUCGUCCGAGUCGUGCUGUUACCCAAAUCCGGAGGGGUCGUGGAGCGCUCCAAAGACUGUCGGCGCGAGGCUCGGGACGACAAGAUCCGGGAGUACUUCUACGGUUUCCGCGGUGUCUCAUUCUACCCUCACGCCUUCGACGUGCGCUUUUCUGACGUGCGCAUCUACAAGAUCGGAGCGCCAUCCAUCCCCGAUUCGUGCCUUCCUCUGGGGAUGUCGCAGGACGAUACCCAGCUGAAGCUUGUCCCUGUGACCCCAGGUCGCGAUCUCACGCACCACGUACUGAGCGUAAGCUGUGCCGAUGAGGGGGAGGAGGUGGCUGGGGGGGUGCGCAGGGGCUUGCUGGAGAGCCCGGUGUGUGGGUUCAUUGUGGUGACUAACGUGGACACACAGGCACAGGUGAUGACUGUGCUCUCGCCCGCCCCAAGACCCCUCCCCAGACACACACUGCUCAUCAUGGACAUUCGCUUUAUCGACCUCAAAUAGAGGAGGAGAGAGGGGAAAACGCCAGAGGAAGAGCGAGAGAUGCAGUAUGUCUGAAAUCUGAUGGCUCUUGUCAAGGAGUUUAUUUUCAGUAGCACAGAGUUUGGGGCAGCAGAGCAGUAGCCUGCUUGCUCUGUUUAGCUAACAUUUACACUCCUUGUACCAAAAAUCUAUCUUUGGCAUAUGACAAGGGUUGGAAGGAUAGCUUAACAGAGUGGUACCUAGACUAGGAGAGUGGUAUCUGUUCUGUCAAUAUUUGGCUUCACACUCAACUGAUAAGGGAGAGAUGAAAGACCGCCCAAGUGUUGGGUGGAGAGUGUUGAAUAGAGGAGGGAGGGGUUUAGUGUUGGGUGGAGAGGAAUGGAGUUGAGGGAGGAGGGAAAACGGCUGUAAAUAUUUUUUCAUUCAAAUUGUUAAUUCCAAUGUACAGAAACUGGUCUCAAGUUGUUUUCCCACACAAGACUGUUUGGUAUGAUUGUUUUUAUUGUGAAAAUACAUUUUUAAAUAAAAUGUGCCAUUUCCAGCAAUGUUUUAGAUAUGACUCUUUAACCUGCUUUAGAUAACAGAUCACUAU